AUAUAAAUAAAGUACAAAAAUGGCUCAGAAAUCUGUGAAAAAAAUUAUGGAGGAAUCCAAAUCAAGAGGAUAUGAAGAAAUUGAUCUCCAAGACAAAAGCAUAACCAAUGUUGCUGAUAUUCCUCAUCUAUUGCAAAUGCGUAACCUCACUAUCUUGACUUUGAGUCAUAAUAGAAUUCAAAAGCUACCCGAUGCAAUAGCUAAUCUUAGUGGUUUAGAAAACUUGAAUUUGUUUAAUAAUGACCUGGAUAGUUUACCGACAACAAUGUGUAAUUUACCAAAGCUCAAGUUCCUCAAUUGUGGAAUUAACAAGCUGAAGGAAUUACCAAAAGGCUUUGGUGCUUGCCCAACAUUGGAAGUGUUGGAUUUAACAUAUAACAACUUGAAUGAUCAAUCGUUUCCAGGAAAUUUCUUCUACUUAGCACCGUUGAGAGCCCUCUACCUUGGUGAUAAUGAAUUUGAAGUUCUUCCACCUGAAAUCAAAAAUUUAGUAAAUCUACAAGUUCUUGUGGUACGGGAUAAUGAUCUAAUCUCCGUUCCCAGAGAACUCGGAGAACUAUCGAAACUGAAAGAACUUCACAUACAAAAUAACAGACUGCAAGUACUCCCUCCUGAGCUAGGAAACCUUGAUUUGAUUAGUUCGAAACAUUUAUUGCGAGUUGACAAGAAUCCUUGGAUACAGGAAAUUCAAGAUCAAAUCGUUCUUGGUGCAUCGCAUGUUCUCACCUAUUUAAGAUCGGAAGCGUACAGGAGACGAUACCAAGAACAUUUAGAUCAAAAACGACCACCUCCUCCCAAGAAAGAGCGCGAAAAAACCUUAAAGCGUAAGAAGGACGAGAAGAAAAAGUAGUGAAAAGAAGAAUACCUCUUUAAAUGGGAGAAAACUUUAAUAAAUAUAUCAAUAUAAGCACUUUUUUAAAAAAAAACACUUUGUGUAAUUUUGUAUAUUAUAUAUUGGUUUUUUAAAGGACUGGUUAUAAGGGCCGGUUUAUGAGGCAAGCUUUUUUGUAAAAAGACUUGUGCAUUAAGUGGACCUUGCAGUGGCAAAUUUUAUUUGUGUAUAGUAUACAUUGUCGUUAAAGCCUGUUCAAACUUUACGGAGCUCGAAGUGAUUUCAGUCUGGAGUUAAAAAUGGGAUGUUUUUUUCCUUAGUUUUUCCUUCUUCAUGUAAACAGUCUGCCUUGGGAACGAUGCUUGAAAAUUCUAAUUCUAAUUUGAAAAAAAUUAACUUGAAUUAUGUUUAUUUAGGUUUUUACUGUUUUACUUCUACAGUGCGAAUAAUGCCAUACCAAGUGCGUCCACUUUUAGGGCAUAAACCUAAGUAGAAAUAAUCAACCUUGAAACAUUGUUCGAGUCUCAAUAAGGUGUGCCGAAGAUAAAAAAAAAUGCAGUAUGCAGACUUCUGAACUGAGCUUUGUCCUAUCUCGUGUUAUGCUGUUGUUAUGAUGUUGAUUGGAAGUGCUCUUUCUAAUUUUUUAUAUAAUCUUGAUUAUUUAUACUCUGUACUAAAUUUAAUUUGCCGAAUAAAUCUUGUUACAUUGUGAA